AUGGAACUUGGGACAAUACUUAAUACUAAGAUGCCUGGUCGCGUUCUAGCAGGAAGACCCAUGUCAUACGAGAUGCAGCCCAGCAUGCAACAACAGCAUUACGCCCCCUCGCCCUACCAGAACGGCGCCAUCAAGUCCGAGACCAACUCCGAGCGCGGAGUGUCGCCGCACCCCUCCGACUACCAGUCGCGUUACGCGCAACCCGCUCCUCCUCCUCUUCAGGCUUACCAGACCAUGCCCGCCAUGUCCAACGGCAUGCGCUAUCCCUCUCCCUCCGCCAUGCAGGCGCCCAUGUCCAUGAUGAACCAGCAAUACCUCCCCAACCCCCCGCCAGAGCACGCGUAUCCGCCUCAGGUCCAGCCUGAUCAGCAGUCUCAGCAGCAGGUUGGCGGCAGGCCUGCAUCCGACACGGGCCCACCCAAGGCUUUCGCCUGCUCGACCUGUGGCAAGGGCUUCGCUCGCCGCAGCGACUUGGCGCGUCACGAGCGCAUCCACAGUGGUGUCCGUCCUCACGUGUGUGACUUCCCCAACUGCGGCAAGCAGUUCAUCCAGCGCUCCGCGUUGACCGUCCACCAACGCGUCCACACUGGCGAGAAGCCUCACAUGUGCGAGCGUUGCGGAAAGCCCUUCAGUGACUCGAGUUCGCUUGCGCGUCACAGGCGCAUUCACUCUGGCAAGCGCCCGUACAAGUGCCCCUACGCCGACUGCCAGAAGACCUUCACUCGUAGGACGACGCUCACGCGUCACCAAAACCACCACACGGGCACCGUCGAGGAGGCUGCGGCUGCCACUGCCGCCGCGUUGGCGUCGAGGGCUUCUGCUGCCCCUGCCCGCUCCGUUCGCUCUGAUGCGGAUGACUACUCCGAGACCGCCUCUCCCCUCCCCACCCCUUCGCCCAACAACCGCCCGCUCUCUCUCUCGCCGGCUGCUGGCAUGCCGGUCGUGCCUGCCAUGCACCGCCAGGUCUCCGACUUCGCCUACAUGGGCGGUGUGAACAUGCCCGCUCACCUUCGCCCCGAGAUGCAGCAACCGAGCCCUCGCUCUUCUCCCUCUCUGACUUCCCAGUCCUACACGCCUGUCGCUCCCCCCAGGCCGACCAUCACCUCGCACCCCAGCGCCUACGGCCCGCCCUCGGUCCUGGAGCCCCCUGCGAACAGCCACCAGCAGCAGCCUGGCAGUGCUCCUCACAGCCCUCACAUGAGCGGUAUGGGAUGGCAGUCGCCCGCCCAGCAGAACAUGCCCUCUCCGGGCCCUGCUGACAGCUACACCUACCCCGAGCCGCACUACGGUGCCUCGGCCCCCAACAUGUACUAUGCCAACCCCAACAUCCGCAGGCCCAACAGCACUGAGCCUGACGGCUACGACCCUCGCCAGAGGAUGGAUGGUGGCAUGUGGGCGCCUCCUGUGCAAUAG